GUCUGUACUGUGUAGAUGUGUGGUUGGUCGUAUUUUGUCAGAGAGCAAAUGCACACGAAGAAAAAGUGACGGGAUUCAAAGCUCACCUUUCUGAGUAACAUCGUCUUACUGUAGUAUGUAGGGUUGCUGAGCACCAUGCCAGGCUUUAUUCCGCCUCCGGAGGCUCCUGUUUUUGAGCCCAGCCGAGAGGAGUUCAAAGAUCCAUUGGCAUACAUUGCAAAGAUUCGUCCAAUUGCUGAGAAAUCGGGAAUAUGCAAGAUUCGUCCACCGUCAGAAUGGAGACCGCCGUUCUCAGUGGACGUUCCUCAGUUUCGAUUCACUCCACGAGUCCAGCGUCUGAACGAAUUGGAGGCCACCACAAGAGUGAAGCUAAAUUUCCUGGAUGCUGUUGCCAAAUAUUGGGAGUUACAGGGCACUACAAUGCGUCUGCCAACAGUGGAAGGAUCUCCCCUGGACUUGCUCAAGCUGUGGAAGUUGGUAGAAACCGAAGGUGGAUUCAAUCAAGUCUGCAAGGAAAAGCGCUGGGCCCAGCUUUCGCAAAAGAUGGGCUUUUGCAAGUAUGGUCAAGGAUCGGUUCUUCGUAAUCAUUAUGAGAAGAUCUUGUUUCCUUACCAUGUGUUCAAGAAUGUACAGCUUGGCGAAUCCAAGAGUGGCACACCAGAUAAUGGUGCUGCCGAAUCGGAACCUCUCCCAAACGAUCGUGCCACUGACAAAUUGCAGCUGAAUUUUGCCAGUGAUGCCAGCGUGGGUUCGCCGUAUCCUGCCGAUAGUGACGAGGACAGCGAGGAUAACAAAGACGACGCAUGGUCCCCUUCAGCAGAGGAGAAAAAGGAAUUUGGUGGCACGGUGCCUUUGACUCCUGCCGCUGAUCGGCCGUCCUGUACGGUGGGUGAAGCGACACCGGGUGCGUUCACACAUGGCUCAUCGUCUAUCACCACCCGCCGUAGUCGCCGUAUGGCCGGUGGUGUAGACCCAUUACUGUCAGCCAGAGUUGCCGCUACUACUGCUACGACUACGGCUGCACCGGGAGUCCGCGACAAAAAGAACCGUGAGCUUCAACGCUUGCAGUUCAUUGCUCCUGGGCCGAAGAUCUUGCAGGAGUCGAAGCUAAACUCUGAUGACACUGAUGAGGUCAGCACUGCCAAGAUCAAGGAAGAACAACCAGACCAGGCAGAGGAUAAGCCAGUCGUGACCGUUACCAAACCGGACGGCACUCUGGAUGUGGAUAGCAUAGUGUGUUACUCAUGCCGGCACGGAGAUGGAGAAGACUGCAUGCUACUGUGUGAUGUGUGUAACGCCAGCUAUCACACAUACUGCCUAGUUCCACCACUGCGUGGUGUACCGCCGGGUGACUGGAGGUGUCCGCCAUGCGUUGCAAAGGAGUGCAAUAAACCGCAGGAAGCAUUCGGGUUCGAGCAGGCUGACAAGGUUUACACGCUACACACAUUUCAGACGUUCGCGAAUCGCUUCAAGGGCGACUACUUCCAGACAGCUCCGCAUCUUGUACCAACAAGUGAUGUUGAGCAGGAGUUCUGGCGGCUGGUGCACUCUAUUGAAGAUGAUGUAACCGUUGAGUACGGUGCUGAUCUGCACUCUUCGGACCACGGUAGUGGCUUCCCGAUGGGACAGUCUGAGGAGAACGAUCAUCAGUAUUAUACACAAAAUGGAUGGAACUUGAAUAACCUGCCAAACUUGGAGGCUUCUGUCCUGCGCCACAUAACUGCUGAUAUAUCCGGAAUGAAGGUGCCAUGGCUGUACGUGGGCAUGUGCUUCUCCAGCUUCUGCUGGCACAAUGAAGACCACUGGAGUUACUCCAUCAACUACUUGCAUUGGGGUGAGCCGAAGACCUGGUAUGGUGUGCCAGGCGCAUCAGCCAGCAGUUUUGAGAAAGCCAUGCGGAAUGCUGUCCCCGAGCUGUUCCAGGACACGCCGGAUCUAUUGCAUCAUCUCGUCACGCUAAUCUCACCGAAUGCGCUUAUGGAUCAGAAUGUUCCCGUUGUGCGGACGAACCAGCAUGCUGGAGAGUUUGUGGUAACCUUUCCGCGUGCUUAUCACGCCGGUUUCAAUCAGGGUUAUAACUUUGCGGAGGCAGUCAACUUCUGCCCGGCUGAUUGGAUUCCACACGGUCGCUCAUGCAUGGCGCACUACCAGCAACUUCAGCGCUACACGGUGUUUGCACACGACGAGCUGGUCUGUAAGAUGGCGAUGCUUGUGAACAGCCUGGAUGUUCAGAUGGCCGCGGAGCUCUACAACGACAUGAAAGUCAUGGUGGAGAACGAAAGCAAACUGCGCGAGAACAUCUCGGAGAGGGGUGUUGUGGAAUCGGAACGUGAGGCGUUUGAGCUGCUGCCCGAUGACGAGCGUCAGUGUCGUCAUUGCCAGGCUUUGUGCUUCCUCUCUGCAAUCACAUGUCCAUGUUGUCCAGGCAAGCUGGUGUGUCUCGACCAUGCAGAUAAGCUGUGUGCGUGCCCUGUCACUAAGAAUUGUCUGCGGUUCCGUUAUACUCUCUCAGAACUCCCGGCGAUGCUCCUUGAGGUAGAGAACCGAGCACAGGGCUUUACAACAUGGGAAUAUCGCGUUCGCACCGCCUUGAAAUCCGAUGGUGACAAUCGACCAACUAUGCAUGACUUGAAAGCACUGAUCCGGGAAGCCAGCGAGAGAGGAUUUUCGUCCGAUCUUGUACCGACCAUGGAGGAUGCUAUCGCUGAAGCCGAGCGCUGUACACUGGUGGCUGCACAGCUCGUCAGUGUUCGACCUCGUACCAGGCACAAGUCCGCUGACCACCUGAUCUCACGAGAUGAACUGGAUGAGUUUGUGUCUCAAGUAAAAAAGAUGCCAUGCCGCAUUGACUGUGUUCAACUCAUGCGGCUGUGUGAGACGGUGAACACGCUUGAGGAGACUGCGCGGCUGGCCAUCGAUGGCGAGUCGACCGAUCUGGAGCUGCUGGACAAUCUGUUGAAAGAGGCAAAUGCUGCAACGAUAGAGAUCAAGUGUCUUCCAGCACUAGAGCUGUGUUCUCGACAAGCGAAGUGGAUUCACAUUGCACAUGACAUGGUGGCCUCCAUUCCAUUGUUAUCGACCGUGUGCCAGCACCUGUGUGCUGUGGUGGACCUAUCUCCGCAUGGUGGUAUGACAGAACUAAUUAACACAUUGAAGCAUUUCCAGUCAGCUGGACUGGCUUUCGAGGAGCGCAUACAGGGCAUAUUGCAUACCAGACUAACGGUAACAGCUCUUGAGGAUGUCCUGCACGACUCCAAGCUUGUUCCCGUUCAAGUGCCAUCGCUUGUAGCUCUGCAGUCUAUGUUGAAGUCCGUAACGCAAUGGACCAAGGAUGCUCAGGCACUCCUGCAGAGUGAUGAUAAGCCAGAGAUGGACACUCUUGAGUCACUUAUUUCACGCUCGCAUUCCCUAAACGUUGAACUUGCCGAAGUGCCGCGCCUGCUGCAGAUCCAGUGCGAUGUGCAGCGGUGGAGGUCCAGGCUACAGAUGUUCAUCAAGCAAUCCUCUUUUCCCUCUAACCCUCUGACAAUCUUAUAUCCUCGCACAGAUGUGCUGAAUCGUCUAGACCAAAGGCACAAGCCGGUCAACAUCCUGCAGCGACGUCGUAGCCUCAAGUCAAACGACGAAGCUGCCUUGAUCUGGGACUUGGCUGCAUCGGAGCUGGAGCAUGUGCGACAAGUGCGAGCACAUUUCCUCUCCUCGUAUAUCCGUGACUGUCGUUCGUCCAUGCCCGUUGUGCACGGCCUGUACUGUCAUUGCCGUAAGCCACUGUCUGAUUGUAUGCUGCGCUGUGAAGUGUGCUUGAACUACUACCAUCGUGAUUGCCUGCACGCCGAUGAGACGCCAGAUCGCUACGGCCGCCUGCUCUGCUCGCUGUGCAAGCGCUCCGCCAAGCCCAUGCUGACUCAGGCCGGAGAGCUGUACGUGGACUUGCGCAACAUCAACGUACAGGUGCCGGAGGCUACCUGUCUGCGCGUGCUCAUCCAACGUGCCAUCCAGUGGCAGAUUCAGGCACGACAUUCACUCUCGGCUGCGUUGCAGAUCUUUGACGAGCGCGACGCGGCGCAAGCCAAUCACCUGCGUACGGUUGGUGUGCGUCCAUUCACCCCUUCAGCGGCUGAGAUGACCAAGAUGAUGCAGGUGGUGAACAGUGCCGGCUCGGGGGCACACAGUAAUCUGGCCGCGGAGAAGCGACCGGUCGACUCCUACCUGUCGGUGGCAGGGCUCAGGUCCCUAGAUCCACAUGUCAUGGAGUCUCUGAGUGGCCGCAUCCUCUCGGUGAGUAUGUGUGCUCACCUCGAAGAGCUGAUGUUACUGGGCGAUCUGUUGGAAGUUAGCCUAGAUGAAGUGCAUCUGAUCUGGACCGUGCUCAAAGCCAACCAUCAGCAGAUGAACAACAUUCGUGUCCAGCCUCGUGCGCCCCAAGCUGGCAUGAUUGCCUUCCGGAGUAGCAGCAAAAAUGGUCAUCGAAGUCCGUCCCCGGAGCCAAAGAAAAAGAGGAAGAAAAGAUUGCAGUCUGACGAUCCUGCUAUGCCGGGUUCCGCUGCCUCCGACAAUAGUGAUGAACUGUGCGAGGCUAAAGUGUGUCUACGUCCUUCCAAGAACUGCGCGGAGGUCGAGUGGGUGCAGUGUGAUGAGUGCAAUCUUUGGUAUCAUCUCCUCUGCAUCGACUUGGCACCGCAUGUGGCACACAGCGUGGAAAAGUACUCCUGCUUCCGCUGCCAGGAAAAGAAGCCGAAGCCGGCUGCAUCUCCCACUGCACCAAAGCCCUAUGGUUCUGCUCCGCUCGGCAAUCACAUGCCAGCAACACUCAUUCGCUGACUCCUGUGCUACCACUUGGCAGUUCCGGUUAUUUUACUGUAAUUGCUCGCCAUCUGAGUCUUUGCCACAUCUUCUGCCUAAAUCCGGUGAAGCCGCAGCUUGCCACAAUUGCAGCACAUGAAUGCUUAUUAUUCUCCCUGUGCCCUCAGCAUCUUAUUCUGCUCUAUUCGGCUGCUCAUGCUCUGCUUGUCUGUCCACCUUGACCUUGCUUUGUUUUUACUUUCUUGACAAAUGUAUUCACGUUUUGAUCUGCAUUGGUUUGUGUGUCUGUCCACCUUGACCCGUUCUUGUUUUUACUUUCUUGACAAGUGCAUCGACUGAUCUGCAUUGCAACACGUCCAAUUUUUUUAAAAACAAAGUCCAGUUAUGCUCAUGAAGCAGAAAGUUCAUGUGAUAUCAUUCUGUGUUGAGUGACGGUGGAUACGUUACUCCUCCCUACGA